AUGCAAGUCACAAAAGGAGCGUGGGGCGAGGGUGGGAAAUCUGAGCUAUUUGGUUUUGAUAUCAAGCUAGGGUGGAGCAAGACUGAGCAGAUCAAACGGCUGGCCAACAAGUACAAAGCUGCAAGAGGGCAAGAGGCAAGUUCCAAUGUGGUCAAGUACGGUCGAUGCAAAGUGGGGAAGCAGUCGAUCGAAACGAACAGGACGAUGAUUGAGAAGCAGUCAAUCGAAACGAACAAGACGAACAAGACGAACAAGACGAACAAGACGAACAAGAUGAACAAGAUGAACAAGACAAUGAUGGAAACCGACCGGACGACUUUGAAGAAGACGAACUGCGCGAGGAUCAAUACCAAUACAAAGGCGGGCCCGAUGCUCAAAGACUGGCUGACCGCCCUCCGGGAUAUGGUAGACAACAUCUUGGACUCGCUCAAUGACCCGUCUCACGAGCACAAGGGUCAAGACAAUCGACUCGAUAAUUGGAAAAAACUCAUGCACAACACGUUCAAAGACUUUUUGGAAACUCGCACCCCCGCUGCAAAGACUGGCCGAGGGCCAGACACAAAAGAAUUGGAAGACCAUCGUGCUCGCAUUGACGGUGGCCGACCUGGAGGCGACCAGGGUGGCUCCUCAAAAAAGGCGGACUGGGAACGAGGCCAUUGGUCUGCUAUGAUGGCUACAUGGAAGGAACAAACAGACGUCCUGGAGGUAUACGGCGGGAAUGUUUUGAUCAAAAGCCAGGACGGGCAGCCCCUUCUAGUAUACUGUGAGGCGGGUUUAUCCGGUGAAGAAGCAAAUGCGGUACUGCGCUCGCUGGAGUGGAUAACACCUCACAUGGACCAAUGGAUCCCAGAUGAAUUCGUGGACCUAUACGCCGAUCAAGCAGACGAAUCCGGCGUGUUCAAUCUGACGUAUGACAGGAAGAACACGACCCUGUCGUCCGAUUUCCUUCAAGGGGCAUCGCAUCAUUCUGCCUGCCAAUUCGUUUCGGAGCUCGAUGAGGUCGUCAACAAGAUGACCGAUAUCUAUGCAACCCAUAUGCCAACAGAUUAUGAGAGCCAGAUGACCCUGGUCAAUGAGAUGACGCGGCAGUCUGCCUGCUAUCAAGGAACGUUUGGGACUUGGCGGUCUCCUUAUAAAGGGGUAGAGGUCGCUCGCAGAGCAGGGUUACUUCCCACUCUACAAGCUCAGACCUCCCGAGGUCUUCUCGCAAUGGUGAACGUCUCAAGUGGUCAAGAUCCCGGCACGUAUUUGGUUGUAGGUUCCAAUCAUCAUCAAUACAAAUUCCCUUGGACCGAUAAAACACCCGUGAUCUUGCGAGGGGAUCUUCUCCGUCAUGCCACCACUACUCCUGAGGAUAGCUUUAAGGAUGCAUACGAGUACUUCACUUUGGUCUUCCCGCCCGUGGACAAUGAUGCCUCCGCGGACAACGAUGCCUGA